GAAACCUCGGAUUUGGUCCGUCCGCAUCAUGCAUCUUCAAGCCAUCAUUAUGGUCAGGCCACAAGGAGUAUGCGGCAUGCCAAAACCGCUAUGUGAUGGCCAAGUCUUGGAUGAUGUUGUUUGCGUCGGGCUUUUGUUCCCUCAUCCGGGGUUGAAACCUUAUGUUUUCCCCACGGGGUUCCCCAGACUCCACCUGUCAUCUCUCUAUCGAAGGAUAUAACUGUCUGUCUGCCUUGUGUAUGCCGGCUCGUCUCGGGUUGGAUACCUGGUCGGUUUUUAUUCUCGUUGUGUUCAAUCCUCGUUUGGAUUGAAGUAUAUCCAUAUCUCCUUCAUUAUUUCAUUGAACAGUAUCUUUUUUGAGAAAAAGAGACAUGACACAGGGGACAGAGCCAUCAAAGGCAAAAGGGAGACAGGAGGAAUUUGUCGAGUCUAUCGAAGCUGAAGCUCAUCAGGAGUCACGGCAUCACGAUGAGCCCAAACAAGACACAGCCCUAAAACUGAUCGAGGACGUGGGAUAUUCUACCAUCCUCACACCCGAGAAUAACACAAAAGUACUCCGGCAGAUUGACCUGAGGCUUCUUCCUAUUCUUUUGGGUAUCUACUUUCUCCAGCAGCUUGACAAAUCAACCCUUGCAUAUGCGUCGGUCUUCGGGCUGAUUGAAAAGGCUCAUCUCCAUGGCCAGCAGUACUCCUGGCUAGGGUCCGUUGUUUAUCUUGCACAAUUGAUUGUCCAACCUUUCGUUGCCUAUGCCUUGGUCAAGAUUCGCCUGGGAAAAUUUCUGGCAUGUACGGUUCUUCUCUGGGGCAUAGCGCUGUCGUGCAUGGCGGCAGCGAACAACUUUCCUGCAUUAUUGGUUUGUCGGAUGUUCCUUGGUGCAUUUGAAGCUGGAAUUCCCCCUGCCUUCAUUGCUAUAACACAGAUGUGGUAUCGGCGGCGUGAGCAACCCGUGAGGCUUGGAUCGUGGUACGCAAUGAAUGGCGUGGUUAACAUGUUCGGAAGCCUUAUCACCUACGGUAUCGGUCACAUACAAUCCUCUAUCUUCGAGGCUUACCAGAUUAUAUUUUUAUUCUUCGGUCUCAUUACUGUCGCAUUCUCUUCCGUUGUUUUGCUAUUUAUGCCAGACUCACCCGUACGAGCCAAGUUCCUGAAUGAAGAGGAUAAGCUGGUUGCUAUUGAGAGACUUCGGAUGAACCAACAGGGCAUUGAAAACCACCAAUGGAAAUGGGACCAUGUGAAAGAGGCCUGCCUCGACCUGAAGUCGUGGUUUUGGUUUGCAUUGAUGUUCUCAGUAUCGAUUCCUAGUGGGGGGAUUUCUACGUUCGGCCCAUUGAUCAUCGAAGCGUUUGGCUUUGACCAGUUCAAGACGAUUCUCUUCAAUAUACCUUUCGGUGCAGUCCAACUCGUAGCAACCAUGGGAGGAGCAUGGCUAGCGACAGCGCUGAAAAUGAAGGGACCUGUCCUAGCUCUGCUGUGUUUACCUGCUAUCGCAGGCUGUGUGAUGUUGUUACAGAUUCCUCAUGAUGAUGCUCACAAGGGUCCAUUGCUUGCGGGGUACUACAUUAUCUCUGUAUAUCCCGGAAUCACACCGUUGAUAUACUCAUGGUCUGCGGCCAACACCGCUGGCGAGACCAAGAAGAAAGUGACAACUGGUAUUCUGAUUGUUGGGCAAUGUGUUGGUAAUGUUAUUGGUCCGAACUUGUACACAACCGCUGAAGCACCGCUGUAUACUCGUGGUCUGACAUCCAACUUGGCGUUAUUCUGCGUCUUGAUCGUCCUUUGUGUACUAAACAUGCUAUAUCUCUUCUUCCUCAACAAAAAGCACGAAAAACAACGAGUUGCCAUGGGUAAAAGCGCCCAAGUCGUCGACCAGUCCAUGUUUGCUGUUGGGGCUGUUCAGACAGAUAAUAGUAAAGACGUAUAUCCCCAGCAAGGCGUGACCGAUGACAACGCCUUCAAGGAUCUUACAGACUGCAAGAACGAGGAUUUCAUUUAUGUAUACUAGGGAUGUAGCAUUGUUUUUGGAUCUUAGGAUAUUGUGCGGUUAUCUGGCCUUUGUUUGGAUAUUGUGUAGCAGAGUAUGUCUUGUAGGAAAUAUCAACAUUUUAUAUUCUUCACCCACAUUUAACACUCCAAUAAACAGCCUAACAUCCAUACUAAGAUUAAUAUUAAAAUUCCAAAGAUAAUGAGGUAUUCUCCCAUCCUUGCAAGAAGAAAUAAAGCCAAAGCCUCCAAUAGCCGAGCCGGCAUAAGCCCGAUCAA